AUGACCUUCGGGCUGUCCGGCAACGAGGUUGUGCUGUACGUGCAAAAGUAUCUGGACGGACCGACUGAUACCCGGUACACAAUUGUGGAGGAGGAAAACCUUUCUCUUCCUCGGAUCACAUUCUGCACAGACCCCUUUUACGACGUCGAGGCUAUCCUCUGGAGAAAAUUGAAAUACGAUCUGAAAACGGUUCGCGUGAAUCCCAAUGACACCCUCCCUACUCAGGAGAAGAUCCUGGAAGACAUGUCCAUCAGCGCCUGGCAGGUUACGAGUCAAUAUAGGAUCGGUCGAUCUGCAAUUGUGUUCUUCCAGAAGAAUUUAAAUGCUUCAGGCCUCAGCGACAUCUCAUCUACAAACUUGGGAGAUUGGAGCACGACGAUUCUAUUGACCCGCGGGGGCGAGUAUCAGCUGGGGGCGUGCCACGUCUUCACGCCAAAAGCGACUUUGCCCAAGGGCAAAUACGAGGGCCUCCGCAUCAGAGUCAGCGGGACGCAAAGAAUAAGGAGAUAUAGCCGGAAUGAAUCUGGGAGCUGGAAUCCCCCUCUCGUCUACACCGUCUACUUCACCGACCAGGUCGAAAAGAUGACGGAGUUCCAGGGAAUUCCGUCGACUGCGGAGUGUGUGGUGGUGAACGCGGAAUACGAACAACAGGAUAUCCAACUUUGGCCCGCCCGCAUCAAAACUCUCAGCACCCGAAAGUCGCCGUGCACCCAUAAUCCCGCCUACAGCCACGUUCAAUGCAUGGAAAAUUGCUUGCUGUUGAGUCUGAAGUCCUCCUGUGUGGGUCCUUGGUUGAACGCGUCCAAGAAGCCCUUGUGCCGAAAAGCGGAUGAGUACACGCGUUUCAUCCAGGAGUACGAGGACCUGAUCGAGACGACGAAUGCAUCCAGAUGCAAUCAGAGAUGUCUGCGGCGGUGCCAAUCCGUUCGGUUCCGCCCCAUCUUGGAGACGAACAACAUCGGCAAUAGUGAGAACAUGCCCUCUGCUUGGAUCAAUUUUUACUUUCCGUCGAUGGAGGUCGAGGUUCUGGAGGAGCAGUGGUCCUACGACAUCCUGGAGAUGCUUGGGGAACUGGGAGGAAGUCUGGGGAUCAUGCUCGGGUUCUCCCUUCUGUCCAUCUACGACCUCUUAGACGUGGCUCUCUUUGACAUUCGCUCUUGCGGGAAGAAGAGAGUCCUUCCAAGUCACUAGAUUUGAUUGUGUUUUGUGUGAUUUUUUUAUUAUUGGUUGGUAUGUAUAAUAUUCAAAAGGAGAACGUAACAGAAUCAACCG